UAAGCCCCUUGUUUUUAGUUUAACAACUAGUAUUGGCUUCAAACGCAAGAAAAUGCGAACAAUACAGCUCGACACGACAUUGGCGGAUUUGUACCGCCAUCAUGGCAUCAAAGGGAGUUGCUGUUCCCAGAGGAUGAGGAACCAGUGCCGUUCUCCGAUGAUCCCGAAGAGCAGGAUCGCCUCAAAAGAGUCAUCCUAGGAUUGAAACCACUUCGGCGGGCAUUCGGCCUAGGAAACAUGGAGGUCAUUCUACUUGGGCCCAAUGCAACUUCUGCUGGCAUGAAACGUGCUGUACUGCAACUGGCACCGGCACAGCGCCAUAAGCCCAGGUUCUUGGACCUUGAGAAGGGAGAUAUUCAAGCGCAAUUACUCGAAGUAUGCCAGGACAAGAAAUUGCUGUUCUGGAGGCCACAAGGGUGGAUGAAACAACACGAUUGUCUGAUUGAUCCCCAAGAGGGUUAUGAUAUCAAUUCUAAGAAGUUCUUGAUCACAUCAGGAAUCAAGACACCCAAGUCUGUGGUGGUCAAUUUGCAAGACAUGAAUCUUGAUAGUCCUGAAUCUGUACUUAGCACAACAACACUACCAUUUGUGCUCAAACUUUGUAGAGCAGGUUGCGGCUUCGGCACUUACAUUGUCACUGAUGAGGGCCGGCGGCGUACUAUGAUCGAUGCCAUGCGAAAGUACCAGCAUAAAGGAGUGACAGAAGUUCUGGUCUCAGAGUACAUCGAUUUGGUCCAGGACCUUGCUGUGCAUUUUCUUAUCGGAGCCGCGGACAGCGAACGGAAUCAUGAUAAUCCUUUGAUACUCGGCGUUACUGUCCAAACGUUGAAUAAGGAAGGCAAAUGGGUUGGCGGACACAUUGAUUAUAGUGCACAAGAUGCACUUCAGAACUUGGUGCAACAGACUGUCCGUGAGACGGCGAAACGUAUGCCAAGAUCAUAUAUUGGCUGGGCUGGGAUCGACAUUGUAGUAGACCGGGAAGGGAGGCAGUGGGUCGUGGACUUAAAUGCCAGGUUCACUGGCUCAAUGCCAAUUUGCUUCCUGUCACAGCAUUUUUGGAAAAUGUGCGACCUUCGCAUGGCGCAAUUUGGUGCGUUCAAUUAUCGCGGGAAUGUCGAUGACAUCUAUGAGCGCCUGAGGCCUUUACUUGACCUAGGCCAAAUCAUAGUAACAGCUACCGCAGAGAUUUACGAUGGGGACAAUAUGGCUGACAUUGUUUGGGGAGGCAGAGAUGCGGAGGACUUACGCCAGGUGGAGCAAUGGAUCAAGAUGAAGUUGGCAACAGCCUAAAAUUGUGAUGAAUAGUAUUGAAACAUCGGGUUUAUUAGAUAUAAUUGCAAGCCUCCUUUCAACUGUCAUUCUUAGGGAAUUCUUUCUAGCAGUGAGCGGAUCGCGCACUCAUAUUCAGCACUAUGAAAGUGAACAUCUCAAAUACCAAUUUAAGAUUUGAUCCAGUCAGACAGACCGGCAGCCUUUCUCAUUCUGGCUCUCUUGUUCCAGGAUCGCUGUACGAUGACCUCUUCGUCAAAUACUGCAGUAAUACUUGGAUGUCUAGAUACUGCAGUCGCCCAGUUGUGAAAGUUGGGUGCUCCCUCCGCAAUGUGUUUGUUCAGACUAGUAGGAUAAACUCCAUUCCUUGAUAAUGCCAAUGCACGAACGAGGAAAGGUCCUGUGAUGACCUGCACAGCAAUUCAGCACUUGGAACAUAGAUCCAGGAUAACAGA